AUGACUGAGUUGCCUCAACAGACGCCAAGUGUUCAAUGCCCGGAAGUAUCUGGUUGCCACGAAAUCGCAUCGCACGCGGUACAAAUCCGACUUGCGCAAAUUCCUUGGCGUGGCGUGGGCACCCUGGACGUCAUCGUGGCAGAAGCGAUGGUGCAGCCUCCACUGUUGCAGGACUGCAAUGGCUUGGUUGUUACGCGGGGGAAGGGAGUAGCAGCUGCGCAGCAGACGUUCCGCAUGUUGCCACUGUAUUAUAAAAAUGUUGGACCACAUGACCAUAACAUAAGUUGCCCAAUUCGAGCAAAUAUACCCUAG